AUGAUAACAACCCUGCAAUCAUGUCUCGAGUGGCUCGACCGACACCAUGACAAGAUAAUCAGCGUUUACAGGGAAACAUUGGAGAUCCGCACCCGCAUUACGAAGCUUCGUGACAGCGUCCAGUCAGAAGCCACCGUGAUGGAUUCUGCUAGCAGCACUUACCCCCAAGCAAUCUUCUAUGAGCCUCAGAACAUUGCAACAGUUGCACCUGAUGAACCCAAUGUUAUGUUACCGCUGUUGAGUAUGCCCGAUCUCUUUGGCUUGCCACAGCCACUAGCCUAUGGCAGACUUCCGGACCAAGAGUACGGUCCUUUAGAAUAUGCUGGGGUUAUGGGAUCGCUGCCAGAGGAUACCAAUCCUAUGAUUUGUCAACGUUCCUCAGACGUAUUGCUCUCCGGUUUUGUCAGCUAUGAGCCCGGUGCACAACCCUUCCCACCUCACGAUGGCAUGUACUCUGAGGGAAAUACAAUGCUGGGCUCUUCAUCUAGACUUGACCCACGACCCCCUCUCCCCAUUGUGCAGGGCAGUCCAGACAAAGUAAAGUGCACUUGGCCUGGAUGCUCGAAAUUUGUCAAGAAGGAGAGUCGCGCUCGCCAUGUGAACGAGACGCAUUUACGGAAGGUCAAGACUGUCUACACCGGCUGUGGAAGAGGGUUCUCGCGUUCAUAUAUGAAGAAAGGCCAUAUCUGCCCGCUCAAGAUGUAA